AUGCCUACCUACUCUCGAUUUCUUAAGGAAAUCUUGAGUGGAAAAAGGGGUUGUGACGUAAAGGAGACGGUGAACCUCACCGAGAAUUGUAGUGCUAUUAUUCUUAACCAAAUGCCACCCAAACUCAAAGAUCCGGGUAGUUUCUCUAUCCCUUGUGUUAUUAAGAAGCUUGAAAUAAGCAAUGCCUUGUGUGAUUUGGGUGCUAGUGUUAGUUUAAUGCCUUAUUCGGUGUUCACCAAGCUCGAAGUUGGUGAUCUUGUCCCAACCAACAUUACAUUGCAACUUGCCGUCCGUUCGGUCAAAUACCCCAUUGGCAAGAUUGAGGAUGUACCCUUGAGAGUUGGUAAAUUUGUGAUCCCCGUCGACUUUGUGGUGUUAGAUAUAGAUGAGGACGUGAAUGUCCCUAUUAUUCGUCGGCCAUUCUUGGCCACGGCGGGGGCCAUUAUUGAUGUUAAGCAAGGGAAAAUCACUUUGAAGGUUGGGGAGGAUAGUUUGGUUUUUGACUUGAAUAAAGCCAUGAAUUAUCCUAGUUCUACUAAUGAGAAAUGUUUCUUGGUUGACUCUUUUGAUCCCCUAAUGCAUGAUAUGCAUGAGCACUUGCUCGCUACUAACGAUCCGCUUGAGCUUGCUAUUUUUAAUAGAGAAGGCUUAGGAGAUGUUGGGGUUGAAGCGGCCAACUACAAGGAGCUAUUGGAUUCCACCCUAGCUUCUGCUCAAUUGGAGCAAUGCUUGAUUGUGCUUGAUCGGGAAGAGGUUUUGGAUGAUCGAUCAUGA